UCUCUUUCCGUUUGAAUACGUUUUCUGUUUAUGUUUUGUAAUUUUGCAAAAAAAAAAAACAAAAUUGAAACCAAUUUCCUUCCCGACAAAUUAGCACUACGCUUCCGUUUCGUUGUCAUCCGAUCGAUCGGUUCGCUUCACAACAGCAUCAUUCGUUGUUCGUGCCAUUCUCGAGACAUUCGUGCUCGCCUGGUGACGGUGGUUUUCAAAGAACGGACGAAGCUAAUAGUGAGCCAAGUGAUAUUGGCGAGAUGUGCAUCCCACUCACGUGCACUCACGUUGGAAAAACGGUUUGGUAUGCUGCACCGGCAGCAGCAUCAGUAGUAGCUGGAAGAUGAAAAUGGUGCAAUUUUCACUGCAGUCGCGACGAGACCGUAUCGAAUUGUCCAAUGAGCAGAGGCGUGUAUGUGGGUGUUCGGUGUGUCUGUGUGUACCACUUCCGGGCGGGCGGUUUUGUUCGGAUUCACUUCCGUCGUUCCAGUUUUGCUGUGCGAUCUUGGCGUGCCAUUGGCGUAUGUUAUCAGUGAGCGCAUUGGUUUUUUUGGGGAGGGGGAGAAUACACCGGAAACGGAAGAUGGUCACCUGCGGGACCGAGUUGAAGGCAUUUCGUGUUACCAUUUCAACGUGAAUUGUGAAUUGGAUUGGAUUGGAUCGUGUCGUGGAGCUUGACAGUAGACAGUAAAAGGGGUUCGCCACGGUGAAACGACACGCAUGGAUCUACCUGCACACGAAGGCCGACGUUGUUGUCGGUCUAUCCGUAUGAGUACUCGGGAUAUACUCGCGGUGCAACAUCAAAAAAGAGGCUGCUCCAAAUACCGUUAGCUGUUAGUUAGUUUAAUGAAUAAGUAAACGAAUCCGGUCCGGUUAGGGUUUCACGUUCGUCUCUAGACAGGCUCGAUUCAGCUCGCCAACUUCUAACGUUCCGCGAACGCUGUCACCCGGAUUGAAUUUGGAAAUCUCCGGUAUUUGGGACUUUUUGUCACGAACUUUCCUGACCCGUGUUUUGGGUCGCGCAGAGAUGCUGUACACGGAGUGGUUUUUUGCUGUUGUUGUGAAGCUCAGAAUAACGGAUUAGAACACGCGAACCGUCGCGAAAGGAUUGUUGUUUGGAGUUUGGAGACAACCAACGUCAAAGCUAAUUAUUUCUGGUGAAUUAGUUCCCGCGCCUCAGUAACCCGACAUUGCAGGGAUUAUUUCUAUGCCAUCCAUGCCAUAUACUCGUAUUAUCUAUCGAUCCAAAAUACCAUUUUUUUUAAUUUUAAGAGACAAAAGACGAGAUGAAUUGAACACAACAUAAAGGAUCAAUUUCAAUUUCUAUUCUUCCUGGAAACGUAUCCAAAAACCUCAAAACCUGUUCUCAAUUGUACGAGAAAUACCAACGUUUGUGGGGAGGUUAUUGAAGAUGCCAUAAAGUAGGUCAACUUAUAAUAAUGAUUAAUAGCUAAGUUACUCAGAAGAACGUAGAAAUAUCUUCAUGUUACAGGUAAUUGAUAAGCAAUCAGUAUUAGAAUGCUCAACGAUGUAAGCAGGUAAAUCGGCUGUAGAAGAACUUGUAAAUUAAAUGUUCCACAAAAAAGAGCUCAACGAUGUUCCUAAAAAAAAUAUAAAGUAGUAAAACACUGCAAAACAAACUCGGUACAGUGCGCAUCCCAUGUCCGCCGUACAACCAUCAAUCUCUACAAGCCGCGAAUCCAGCAGCCAGUCGGGUGUGUAGCAUUUCCGGGAUAGAGGAUACGAAUAGCCGGAAGUCUGCACCAGGGUUCAUCCGUACACGUACCAAUGAAUCUUACCUUGGUCCAUGCUUGUGUAUGUGUGAUUGAUUGUACGUGUGUGUGCGCCAUAGGAUACAUGUGGUUCGCCGGUUCAGGGUAGGUACCCUAAACCGAUUCCGACCCAGCAUCGCACCGGUGAAGCUUUGCAAAACUUCACGGACUAGCCCGGAUUUAGCAAAAGGACCAGGUUUCGAUUGCAGAAAAGUAAUCCAUCAUAUCAGUGGGUCCGUACCCGUUAGUGAGUGGAUGUGUUGUUUAUGUUUCUAUGUGUAUGUGUGGGUGCUUUAUUUUUUACUCCUUUUUUGCAGUAGAUGGUGUUGAAUAAAAGAAUAAGCCACGGUUGAGGAAGGCCCCGGAACGCUACGGGGCCUGCAGUGUAAAGCCGGACAUUGCGGAGUAUUUGUUGGUGCAGGCAGUUAUAUGACGGGGAGAGAGAGAGAGAGAGCGAGGAAAAAAAACAAAGUUGGACAUCCCGAAUUUGGUUUAGAUCCCGUAGACCGUGAGCCAGAACGGUACCAACAACACGUCAGUGUGCUGGGAAACACACGCUGCUCGAAAGCCUGCUGGUGUGCCGCAUCGGGUCGGUACGAACGAGUAGCGAACCCGGGGAAUGUGUGUAUUGUGAAGUAAAUUAAUUAAAAAAGUUAUAUUAAAACGUUCUAAAAAGGCAAAACCAAAUUAAUGUUCCACGCUGUUUUCGGGUGGUUUCUUGCAUGCCGGCGUGGGAAUUUGCGCCAGGGUUUUCGUGUGAAGUGAAAGAAAGAGAGAGAGAGGGAGCAAGAGAGUGAGCUGGUCCGAAGUGAGGCCUGGUGAGUGAGGCGGAAUACGACCGUGAACCCCGUUCACCGUUGCAGUACAACUCUGGAGGAAAAAGGGUUUUAGCUGAGUGUGAUUGCGGUUAGGCGGUUGGGUGUUUUCCGCUGGGAGUACGAGUGUGUAGUGCAUGUUUUUUAAUGAAGCAAUAGAAAAGGUGUGUUCUGCGUGUGUCCGACAUGUGUACUUGGCCGUGCGUUGGUGUGGUUCGGUUUACGGUGGAAGUGUACGCGCAGCAGUGAUUUGUUUUGAGGGUAAAAUGUGAAGAGGCAUUUGUUAUUUUCGUUCUGUUUUUUGCGUGCUGAUUGAAUCAUGACUACCGUUUCAUCGCUACACACGUUGGUAAAGUGUUAAAGGAAAUCGUACCGUGUGCACAGUAAGACACGGGGGCCAACAAGGGGCCGGCAAUGGAAAUGAAUCAUCGCUGAACCAUACAGUGCUACUGGCCACGUUAAGGAUUCGUCUGGAUUAUAGUUUUUUUUUUCGUCAACCAAACGUCAUUGGCUGCCUGCAACGAGAUAUCGAGAUCUAGUGCUUGCAGGCCGUGUAUCUGCGGUGGAUACAAAUUAUAGCUGGUAAGGUUACAGCCAUCGUUACACCAGACUGCAGACGGCAUCAUGGGGACGGCUACCGUUCGAUCGUAUGCGGACAUCGUUAGCAUACUGCUGCUCACUGUGAUACACACGGGGACGAUGGGCUGGAAGCUGGAUAAUCGAAACAUCAUGUACACUAAUCAGGACAUCUCGUACGAAUGUCCAAUCAACACCAUGUGCCGGUGUGCGAGUUUACCCAACGAAACCGCACUCCUCGAGAUCAACUGCAACGAGGUGUCGCUUUACAAAUUUCCCGAGUUUCUACACGGGACGAUAAAGCACAUCGACAUGUCACGCACCUUCAUCCAUAAUGUGGACGACGAAACGUUUCAAGGGUUGCGGUUGGAGUCGCUCAAGCUGGUAGACAACAAAAUACAAGAUAUUUCGGAAAAGAGCUUCAACUUUAUGCAGCAUUCGCUAGUGUCGCUGGAUCUGUCCGACAAUCAGUUACAGGGACUACCACUGGAUUCACUAAAAAAUGUCCACACGCUAAGCCGAUUAGUAGCCCAGAGGAACAACAUACACCAUCUGGAUGGUAACUGGGGUGGGCUGGUGGAUUCGCUGCGCAGUCUACACAUAUCAGGCAACUCCAUUUCCGAGGUAUCUUUCUACACGCACGACGAAAAGCGUCAAAACCACACGGCGCCCAACUCGCAAGCAUCCAUAAUAAACGCGAAACAAUUCUCACAGUAUCCGCCAGUGACGGUGGUGGGGCAACAAACGGCAGGUAACACUCCCGGUCUUCAGCUGCAGGGCGUUAAACCGUUUGCCAAGCUGAAAAAGCUCGUCUGGCUCGACAUCAGCUCCAACCGUAUCGCACACAUUAGCCCCAACACGUUCCCCAAAUCGUUGGUAACGAUCGAUCUUUCCAAGAACAUUCUUUCCCAGUUUCCGACGGCUUUUCUCGAGCAUCUGCACGAUCUGCGCGUUCUCUCGCUGAAGGAUAAUCUGAUAGCGAAGCUCGACGGCAUCCCCGAAUACAUCGGUGCAGCACGCAUUCGGCUCGAAAAGCUCGAUCUCAGCCUGAAUCUCAUCGAAGAAAUUCCCGCCCUGCUGUUUAAUGGAAGCGUGCGAAUAAAGGCAAUUAAUUUCGAUAAAAAUUUCAUCCGCCACGUAGAGGCGGACACGUUCCAGGGGCUAAAUAUUGUGCACAUGGUGCUGGCAUUUAAUUUCAUCGAAUCGAUUGAUGAUGGUGCAUUCGCAACGCUCGAAAACAGUCUAGAAUAUUUGGAUCUCGAACGAAACCGGCUGAUAGUUGUGCCGAGCGCCAUUGGACGAUUGAAUCGGUUGCGCUAUCUGUACUUGACAUCCAACGAACUGACCAGCAUUCCUGAUCAGCCGGAAUCGCUACUGCCCACCACGCUCAAGGUACUAUCGCUGAGUGGUAACAAUUUUACCGCCAUUCCGGUAGAAGGUCUAUCCAACUGUACGGAGCUGUCGUAUCUGAACAUGGGCUACAACAAGAUUGCCGAUAUCGAGGAAAACGCUUUCAUGGGUUGGGGCUCAAAUUUGCAGACAUUGCUGCUACGCAACAACAAAAUCACCAGUCUAAAUUACGGUGCAUUCAACGGGCUCGAUACGAUCAAGGAAAUUAGCCUUAGCUUCAAUGACAUACAUUACGUACAUCCGAGCGUGUUUGAAAAUGUUUCAACAUCGCUGAAGAUCCUGGAACUUUCGUUCGGCAUCUACCGGGAAGAAUAUCCCGGCGAGGCACUGGCGGUACUAACCGAGCUAAUGUGGUUGGGGCUGGACAAUAAUAAUCUCAAAACACUACCAGAUGGGGCACUGUCGACGCUUGGGCAACUAACGUACGUUAAUCUGGCAUUCAAUCGAAUUGUUGCUAUUCCUCGUUGGCUGUUCCGUUCGGAUGUUCAUCGGAACUUGGUAGAGAUAGAUUUAUCGUUCAAUCAGCUGGACGACUUACCUAGCGCCACUUUCGACAGCUUGGAGUUGAUUCAGAUAAUCAAUUUAUCCUCCAACAAGUUGCGCAGUAUUCAGAAGAACGCAUUACACGAUCUCCCUUACCUUACCUACGUCGAUCUGUCGUACAAUGCGCUCCAAAAUAUCAGCGAGGGAGCGUUCAGUUUUCUGCCCAGCUUACUAAGCGUGGAUCUCAUGCACAAUGAGCUCAGUACACUAUCUCUGAAAGUGUUUCGGCAGGUAUCAAAUGCAACCACUCCGAUGCGGCUAAACAUCAGCAAUAAUGCUGUCGAAUAUCUCGAUGGAGACGUGAACUCACUGCUUUACGUAUACUCGCUAGAUGCGAGCCAUAAUCAGCUGCAGGACACGACCGUAUUUCGAGCACUAGCAUUUUCCCUACGGAUACUCUACCUAAACUGGAACAACUUCACUUCGCUCGGCAACCAUGCGUUCGGUGACUUACAGAUAUUGGAAAUAUUAAAUCUGGCGCACAACAACAUAAGCUCCCUGCGACGUCGAAGCUUUGCCGGGUUGAUGAAUCUGCAGGAGUUUGAUCUUAGCCACAAUCGAAUAGAAAGUUUACAGAUUGAGCAGUUUUCACCGUUGAAAAAGUUACGCCUUCUUCGGCUUAACAACAACCGGUUGCGUACUAUUCCUCGCGAUACGUUUCUUAACACGCGCAUCGAGUUCUUAGACCUAUCCAACAACCAGUUCGUAUCCUGGCAGGCAACGGCUUUCGCUGACAUUGGUUUCACGCUCCGAUCGAUACAAUUCGACAACAAUCUGCUAGAGUUUCUGGAUCCGUACAUGUUUACCAGUACGCAGUUCCUACUCGAACUAAACCUAGCCGGCAAUUUGAUAAAGCAACUCCCGGACAAUUCGUUCGCAAACUUGAACAAUCUGACCGUACUGGAUCUGAGUUACAAUCAGCUCAUGCCGAUAAACUUUCGAGAGUUGUUCAUCAAUGUACCACGGUUGCGUGUCCUGCAGCUACGUUCCACCGGUAUUUACCGUCUUCCGUCCCUAGCACUGCCACAGCUGGCUACUCUCGACGUCAGCAAUAACAAUCUGCAAGAAAUCGAAACUCAAGAAGAGCUGUUCUAUCUGCGCGAGCUGCACAUACAGGAAAAUAAGAUCAACAACAUCUCGAACCUUUUGCGGAAUCUUCCGCCAGCGUUGCGUGUACUCGACAUCUCGAGGAAUCCGAUCCGAAAGAUUUCCUUUCAUGAUUUCUCACUCUCCCGGCGGUUGGAAGAGUUGCUGAUUGAAGACAUCAAAAUAGCCAAUCCGGACAUCUUCAUCAAGUUACACAAUCUGAAAAAGCUACGCAUUAGCGCCCAACACAACUUCAGUGAGUUGGUGUCGAAGCUAAGGGGCCUUCAGGAGCUCUACGUGACCAUCUACGAUGAGCAUCUGGGCGAUGGUCUCUUUACGUCGCGUAUGCAUUCAAACACGAAGCUUAACGUGGUUGAAAUCACGGGCCGUCGUUUGGUGUCCAUCUCCAGCAAUGCCUUCCAAGGGUUGGCUCGAAAUCACGACCUGAAGCUGCGAAUACACAACACGAUGGUGAACGAUCUUCCGCCGGGUGUGUUCUACGCACUCAAGUACAUACCACGGCUGAGCAUAGAUUUGUCGGACAAUCUGCUUGCAGCACUGGCACCGGACAGCUUUUAUCCGAACGCCAGCUCGUGGGAUGCAGUGGGGACACGGAGCGUCAUCGGUGGGCUGGACGUGUCCAACAACCCUUUGCAGUGCGAGUGUGGUCUAGUGUGGUUAGGUCAUUGGCUACGGCGAUGGUUACGGGAGACGGCGCAGGUCAAUUUGAUUCCUAAAGACGAAAUGAAGCAAAUGAUUCGUAGAGCAAAGAGGAGUACCUGCACGGAUCCACUGACCGGCAAACGAUUACCGUUCCUUGAGAUCUUCCCCGAGGAUCUCCUGUGUCAUGCGAGUGCCCUGAGUAGUUUAGCGUUGAAGUUACGCUUUCGGUUUAUGUUAAUUUGUCUCAAUAUGCUGCUAAUAGUGCUGCACAAGUCACGAACUCUGGUGUUGUAAUUUCGUGCAGAACAGUGCCACGUCCUUGCACCUGCUGACAGCAUUAGGUCGACGCUUCAUCGCAAUCAAAGGCAUCCUAACUCCAUACAGCACGGUAACACAUACCCCAUUUCAAUCUUCCCGGCAUCAUGUCCAUAGUGCCAACGCACCAGGUAAGCAUUCCGGGUGGAAAACUGUCGACGGCAAGUCAAAUAUUGAUUUGACAACGAGUGUGAACGUUCAUAAACACGUCUAAAAACGGGGAUGCUACCGCGAAAAUCUGCAUCUAUUCAAGCAUCCGUAUUGUCCCACAGUGGUACACAUGAUUGUACAUAGUAGUAGAAUUGUAUAUUAUAGAAGGAAAAGAAACAAACACCCAUUUUUGUACGAAGUACGACAUAAAACGUCUCGAUAAAAAAGCCAAAACCAAGAACAAAUUCAAACGUGGAAGUGGUUUGAAAUAAAGCAAAAACUUGUUAAGACACGAAAACCUGUUGAGGAAAAAAAAGUAAAAUAGACAAUGUCCUAGCAACACGCACUGAUGAACUGCAUAGUAGUAGUACGAAUAACGUGUAUAAUGUGUAAAUGAAACUAACAAAGAGACAAACCCUGGGUUGGGUGAAUUCCGCGAGUAAGAUAUUAACAAAAACCCAUCCAAUCAAACAACAUUCCAUCACGAUAGUAGGAGCUUUAGAAUAGGAAAUUAAGUUUUCGGGCACCACUUUGCACUCGAGUGAAAUAAAAUGGGGGGAUGUUUGCUGGUUCCAUUUUGCUGGCAUCAACAGGUCUAUAGUAACAAGUCUCAUAACACACGCAAAAAAAAGCUAAAACGAAGCGAAGGGACACGGUAAACUAUGCUCGUACAGAUUAUGUUUGUUUUUUUUUUAUCGUCCGUUUCCUAUUUUGUUUAGCAUAUCAUUUUUGUUGGCUUACCGUCAGUUUGGUUUCAUUUUUUAACUUUUGCAAACGUUAGCAAGUUUUGCCCGAUAGGUUAUCUCCUACCUUACAACAAACCCUCUCCAUCGGUACAAAAGGGCGGGAAUAAACAGUUUAUCCAUAUGCUCAUUGCAGCGUGUGAUGUCAUUGAAGGGAAAAUGCUUUCAUUGCACUUCAAAAACAGAUGAAAUGAAGUACAAAAGCAGGCAAACAAAAACGAAAACACACAAAUAACAACUCCGUACAAAUGAAUUUGAUAAGCCAACACGUUCCAGUCCCGUCAAUCAGAUAACAAUGAAUGGCGCAAUGACCACCAUCACCACCACCACCAUUGCUGACCAUAAGAAUUGCUCACCCUGGGCCCGUUUUUCUACCGCAAAUGGCCAUUGCCCUGCGGCGUGCCAGUAGUGGUAAUGUGUCGGAUCACAGCGAAACGACAUAAUUAUGCAAUUUUCAGUCCAAUUACGAAAACACACAAACUGAACAAAUCCCGCAACGCAACGGGAACUCGGGGCUGAGCGGACCCAGUUUUGCAAAUUUGCAACAUGCACGCUUCGAGAAACAGCAAAAUGGAAGGAUUCCCGUUGAUUGAUAUUCAUAAUGAUCACACAAUUAUUAUCACCGUGUGUGUACGAUUAUAAUAAUGCCGGCCACACAGGCCGCACAGGGUUUAUCUUGCACCGGUGGGGCUUUUGAGAUGUUAAUUAAUUUGCCAUAGCUUCCGAUCGUACUUUCAUUUCGGGUGCCGUACGAGUAUCGUACUGGGAAGUGUUUUAUGUCCCUAUUCGAUCUAAUGUAUUCGAUCUAAUUUUAAAAAAUCUUCCGUCAUUCAACAGUCAACUAAAUACUGUUCUUGUUUUUUCAGAUUUAUUUUCACUAAAUUAUUUUCACAUAUAAUGAUGAUAUGUCGUAAAGCAAUUGUGUUGAACUUGUCAGUUUAUAGAACAAAAAUUGCAUUUUGCAUGAAACUUUUGUCACUACAAAUACAAUUUAAAUCAUUGGAUCUGUAAUAGAGAUAUCGUUUUUCACUACUUUGUGAGUAAUAAUUUUGUUUAUAAUACUUUUCAUUAUUAGUACCUACAGGAUAUAUAGAAUUGUAGGACAACAAAAACAUUUUUUUUAAUUUUAAGGUAGUAAAAACUUCAAGAUUCUAAAUCCUCUGCAAAAAUUGAAUAAAAUUGGAGAGAAGCAUGGUAGAAAUGAUUCUAGUUUUUUUUUGUUUAUUUAUUUACAAUUAAUUAUUACGGCAUUUACCCGUAUUGUCAGUCUCAGAAUGCUGAAAAAUGCUGAAUACAAUUAUCACUAUGCAAUUCAUCCUUGUACUUUGCCUUAUCCCGGUCAUACUCGAUUAAUGACCCUAGUUUUGUUAUGAUUGAAAAUGGUUGUUUUCCAUACUUUGAGGAAAAUUUAUUCAUACUUAGCCAUAGUAACGGUUAAGUCUGGUUAUUAAACUUUUGAAAGGCGUUGUUCAUUUCGGUUUAAUU